GGUCCACUCGUCCAGCCAACAUGGAGGCUCUGCAAACAUUCUAAACAACAUGUGAGUCGACAAUUGAUCAACAGAUGGAUUCCACACAGGUGGCAAGGAUACACAGAGAGGUCAGCUCUCUUCCUGCAGCUUUUUCUGCUGACGUAAGGCAACAACAACCAGCAGACGUCAACGUGAUCACAGUGACUGCAGGAUGGAGUCAGGCUGAUGCUGUUAGAGGAUCCAGACUUUGUUACUCACAACAAUGGACUCUCAUCUUGGACUCUGUCGACCAGAGCAAAAUCAGGACAGUCCUCCCACCUGGACCAUGUGGACCACUUUCUGCAGAACUACUGAGUGGACUGUCCCCCAUUGGUGGUGUGAGGGCGGUGGUCAGAGACACAGGUGGUCAACAACUAAUGGAGAUUUGGGACCAUCAUGGACUCAGGAAGUGCCUCAAUUUGACCGCCCUCAACAAACAUGGCAGCGUGUACGAUAAUGGCCAAUUUGGAGUUCUGUCGUGGUCUCAGUGUGAGAGCAAGCUCCUCUACAUCGCUGAGAAGCUGAAGCAGACAACAGACGAUGAUGAGUCUGCAUGGGGGAUGGACAGGAGUGUGUACUGUGACGAUUGGGGCGAGUCUCUGACCAGCAGGAGCACUCCAGUCAUUUGUGUGCUCAAUCUGUGCAGUGGAGCAGUGGACGUGUUGAAUGGCAUCCCCGCUGACGUCUCACCUGGACAGGCUUGCUGGGCUCCAGGAAGUCAGUGUGUGUUCUUUGUAGGUUGGUACCAUGAACCCUUCAGACUGGGACUCAAAUUUUGCUCCAAUCGCAGGUCAGCGUUGUUCCAGCUCAGCAUGGACGGCCACUGUGAGCGUUUGACUGGGGAUGACCUGUCGGUGUCCUGUCCCAGGCUGAGUCCAGACGGGUCCACGCUGAUCUACUUGCAGGGUCAGGUUUUUGGGCCACACCAUCAGUGCCUCAGUCUGCAGCAGCUGGAUUUGACCAGCAAGAAGACAUCCACACUGGUAGACGUUAUUAGUAGGCCACAAACUGAUGGGUUUGCAGGUAUCUAUGAAGCGCUGCCGUCCUGCUGUUGGUCUACUGAUUGUCAGAGAGUCGUCUUCAGCAGCGCUUGUCAGAACCGAAAGGACCUCUUUGUGGUGGACAGAAGAUCAAAAAAAGUGACCUCCCUCUCUGGCCUCUCUGAUACUUCCAAGGUAUACGGUAGCUGGAAGAUUCUGACCAUCCAGAGAGACCUGAUGGUCGUCUGCUGCUCCAGCCCCAACACACCACCCACUCUGCUGGUAGGGUUCCUCCCUUCAUCAGGUGAGACUGUGGUAGCUUGGCAACCCCUCCAGGAACCCAUCACCACCUUUGACUUCAUGUGGACUGUUCUAGAAGUUGAACCUCCACCAGAAGAAGACAACGCAAUCUACCCCGGGGUAAAGUUUGGAGCGGUCCUGGUUAAACCACAUGGAGGUCCUCUGCAUGGAGUCAAGACACCACUUGUAGUCUUCAUACAUGGUGGUCCGCACUCCCAGUUUGCAGCAGAGUGGAACAUCACCACAGCUGGCCUGGUCUCUCUUGGUUUUGCCGUGCUCAUGGUGAACUACCGUGGUUCCACAGGCUUUGGCCAGGACAGCAUUUUGUCCCUCGUUGGACACAUUGGAAGACAGGAUGUUAAAGAUGUACAGAGGGCUGUGCUUGCCGUGCUGCACAGUGACGCGACCCUUGACCAAGAGCGCAUGGCCACCAUUGGAGGUUCCCAUGGAGGCUUCCUGUCAUGUCACCUGGUGGCUCAGUAUCCAGACUUCUACAGGGCGUGUGCGGCCAGGAACCCUGUCAUCAAUGCCGCCACCUUGCUUGGCACCAGUGACAUUGUGGACUGGCGUUACACCAGCGUGGGCUUGCAGUACUCCUACAACCAGACGCCCACUGCUGAGGCACUGGUCGCCAUGUUGGAAAGGUCACCCAUCAUACAUGCUACACAGAUCAAGACUCCUGUGCUUUUAAUGCUUGGCGGCAGAGACAGGCGAGUGUCUCCUCAUCAAGGACUGGAGCUCUAUAAAGCACUCAAGAGCAGAGCAUCACCUGUCAGGUUGUUGUGGUUUGCAGAAGAUGGACACUCUUUGUCCAGAGUGGACACACAGGCCCAGUGCUUCCUUAACAUAGUGCUAUGGCUGCACCAGCACCUUUAAACAGUGUCAUUAACAUGUCAUAAUUCUCAAUUAAAGCCUGUAACAAACACAUUCUCUUCUAUUGUAGCUUUGUGACCAUAAUGUUAUACAGCAUACGUGUCAAGUCUGGACCCACCGGCAUAAACUACUCUGGAAUUUUAAUUUUAAAAUUGGAAACAAUAUUGUGUAUACAGCACAAAAUCCACAACCAUUCCUAAUAAUGGUGCCGGAUUUAAACCAAAAGUCAAAAUAUUUUAAUU